AUGCGUCCGCCGGUCGGUGCCGUCGUCAAUAACGGAGGACGGUUGGAAGAAAGCUUCAAGAGGAGUCCGGAGAGAAGAAAAAAGCCGCUGCUAGGAGUUUCAGAACGUCGUGGAAAUCGGCUAAGAAUAUCUGGAUUAGAGAGGUUGAAGGAUGACUCCAAAGAAGAGGUGGAAUUAAGCUCUGUUGAACCUGAAAAUCCGCAAAAAAUCAAUCGAUCAUCUAUCUAG